GCCGCAUAGAGGGCGGGAUGGCUGGAGGUGGGCCGCGAGUAGAAGGCGGUGGAUGCUUCAGGUAUAAAAAGCCUGGAAAAGAAUCGCUAGAAACUAUUCCGAGAACAGUGAGGAAGGAGGAGGAAUUGUGUUGGGAUGUGGCUGAGCUAGGUGCUGAGCCGCGAAGAGCUCUUCGUUGUCUGGAGAUCUGAAGUAGUUGGCCACUGGCAGCGCAGGCAGGGUCGGGCUCUGGCAGGACACUGGCUUCUAUUGGUUUGAGGGGAUCAUCAUCGGUUCAGUCAUCAGCCCGGAAACUGAGUGAAGUAUGAAUUUAACAAAAUGGAGCUCCAAAGGUACUUUGGGUUGGGAUGCAGUUGUCUUCAUGCACUAUCUGAUUGCUGUUGCAUUACUUAUUGAAAACGCUGCUACUAUGGUGAUACAUCAAGUGACACAGACCUCUAAUAGUUUAGAAGGAUUAGACAAUACUGCCUUUUGGUGGGGUGAAUGGGCCAAGUGGACAGGAUGCACCCGGACUUGCGGAGGAGGCAUCAAAACACAGGAAAGACAUUGCCUGCAACAAAGAAGGCUUGCAGUGUUGGGAGCUGAUAACCAGACUUGUAAUGGUACUCCUAAACGAUAUCAGCUCUGCAAUAUACAGGAGUGUCCAGCUAAUGGGAGAAGCUUUCGAGAUGAGCAGUGUUCAUCUUUUAACUCCCGGGUUUAUAAUGGAAGGACUUACAAAUGGACACCGUUAUAUCCAGACGAUUAUGUGCACAUUUCAAGCAAGCCUUGUGAUCUUCAGUGUACUACAGCAGAUGGACAGAGACAACUAAUGGUCCCAGCACUGGAUGGAACAUCUUGUAAAUACAGGGAAUACCGAGGAGUCUGUAUAGCUGGCAUAUGUGAGCCCAUUGGAUGUGAUGGGGUGCUCUUUUCCACCCAGACUCUCGACAAAUGUGGUGUGUGCCAGGGCAAUGGAAGCAGCUGCAUUAGAGUGACUGGCAACUACAGGAAGGGAGCAAUCUACCUGGGUUAUUCUCUGAUAACCCACAUCCCAGUUGGUGCAACAGAUAUCCAAAUAAUUGAAAGAAAGAAAUCUGAUGAUGUUUUGGCUGUUGCAGAUGAAUCUGGAAACUUCUUUGUGAAUGGCAAUUUGAAAGUGGAAGGUCCAAGAAACUUUCACCUUGCAGGCACCAUUUUUAAAUAUAGGAGACCAAUGGAUGUGCAUGAAACUGGUAUUGAAUACAUUGUGGCUCAAGGACCGACUGAUCUGGGAGUUAAUAUUCUGUUACUUAUUCAAAGUGGCAAGAACCCUUAUGUUACCUAUGAAUAUACAAUACCACGGAUUCUACACUUCAAAAGACUUCGACCUUCCUUUGAUUCAUUUUACUACAUGCCUGGGUCAGAUUCUCAAGGCAUAGAAUUUGAUGAUGGGCGCCUUGAUGCGAGUUAUGAUUUGGAUAGUGAAGAGAAUCUGGCCAAUUUUCAUACUAAUGCAAGUCACAGUGAGAGACUUUCAAAGAAAAUUUCAGAACAAGGAAACAAGGUGUUAGGAACAGUGAACAAUAUGGCUGGUUUUGACGUGAGCAGCACUGUCUAUGAUGAAACAGCUCGUAAGCUUAAAUCAGAAGAUGAAAACAUACAGCAAAGCAAAGAAGGGUUCAUCAACUUCAGUGCAAAUAUGACUGAAAACUCAAGAGGAGGUCCAAUCUACUCUUCAAGGUCCAAUACAGCCGGUUUCCUGGUAUAUUAUGAAGAAAAUGAAAAUAUGGGGAGCUACAAAGUUAAUGAUACACCCCUGGAACUGACCUUUAACAUGUCUACAGAGAUUCCAUUCUCCAAUGAAACACUUCUGCAGAUUAUUCAUCAAGCAAACAGAACACAGAAAUUGCGGAAUAGACUGAAGAUGCUGAGAAAGGGCCUGGGAGUGAGCGCUGCUGACAUGUACAGAUGGAAGCUGUCAUCUCAUGAACCUUGUAGUUCCACCUGCGCAACAGGAGUAUCGACUUCUUACGCAUUGUGUGUUCGUUAUGAUGGCAUUGAAGUUGAUGAUUCAUAUUGUGAUUCUGUGACUCGACCAGAGCCAGUUCAUGAAUUUUGUGUUGGAAGAGAAUGUCAACCAAGAUGGGAGACUAGCAGUUGGAGUGAGUGCUCACGUACCUGUGGAGAAGGACACCAAUUCAGAAUAGUCCGCUGCUGGAAGAUUCUCUCUGCAGGGUUUGACAGUUCAGUGUACAAUGAAAUGUGUGAAUCUGCUGAUCUCUCCAAGCCAUCUGAACAUAAAACCUGCAAAAACCCAUCUUGUGGCCCACAGUGGGAGAUGUCAGAGUGGUCAGAGUGUACAGCAAAGUGUGCAGAACGGGUUACCGUAACUAGAGAAGUAAGGUGCUCAAAGGAAGAGUGGUUGUGUGAUGAGAAAACAAAGCCACCAUCUCAGAAAGAUUGCGUUGGACCCCCUUGUGAUCGACAGUGGACAGUCUCAGACUGGGGCCCGUGCUCGGGGCCAUGUGGGCAGGGAAGAAUGAUAAGACAUGUGUACUGCAAGAAUUCAGAAGGAAGAGUAAUGCCUGAAUCCCAAUGUAAUCCUCAAUCAAAACCCCAUGGCAUACAUCCCUGUGGAGCCAAAGAUUGUCCACCUCAUUGGCUGGCCCAGGAUUGGGAACGAUGCAAUACAACGUGUGGCAGAGGAAUGAAAAGGAGAGUUGUUCUAUGUGUGGGAAUCGUAAAUGGAAAAGUUAAAAUUUCUAAUCCCGAGGAAUGUGAUACCACUCAGAAGUUGAUUGAAGAAACAACAUGCUUUGAGCGUCCAUGUUUCAAAUGGUUUACUACUUCAUGGUCUGAGUGCACUAAGACCUGUGGAGUUGGAGUAAGAAUGAGAGAUGUGAAAUGUUAUCAGGGAAAAGAAAUUGUCCGAGGAUGUGACCCACUCUUGAAACCUGUUGCAAAGCAAAGCUGUGAACUCCAGGCCUGUCCUACACAGCCGCCAGAUGACAGUUGUCAAGAUCAACUUGGGACUAACUGUGUACUGGCAAUUAAAGUCAAUCUGUGUUCCCACUGGUAUUACAGCAAAGCGUGCUGCAGAUCCUGUAGAACUGCUGAUUCAUAGUACAGACUGGCAGAAUUAUUGCACCUCCCAACAUGUGAAUAAAAGAAUGAUGUGAAACUGAUGGAAUUAGUUUUACUGCAAGAAUUGGGUGGCACCUUCCCUCAGAGACAUGUGUCUUAUUGGCAGGCCAUCAAGCUGGACAAAAAAAACCUAUGCUGUGAAGCUGUCAGGUUCUCUGGAGACCCAAGUGUUGCAUGCUGUCAUGUAUAGCAUUCUGCCCUAACUGUGUGGCAGAGCCAUUGUACUCCAUUUCAAUUAUUCAGUUAUAAAUUAUUUUAUUACAAUGGAAUCACAACUAAUGCUACGGAACAUGGAGACAUGGUUGAAUGAAUAUCAAACUAUCAUACAAGGCCAUUUGGUGCAAUAAUAAUAUCAUCAAUUUAAUGUAAUUCUGUAUUACAUGC